AUGCUAACUGACAAAAUCCGCGUCUCAGGCCCCGAAUCCAACGACCCGGAAGACAUCCUCUUCUCAACCCUAGGAGUCAUCUUCCCUGAUGACAUCACCAAUCAACACGGCGACAGCACCUCCUCCGUCAUCUAUCUCUCCUCCACCUUCGGCUCCCUCACACUCUCGCUCGCGGACCCGCAAGGCGAAGAUAAUCGCCGGCUCUUCAGCCAUUUCCUUUGGAAUGCCGGGUUACAACUCGCGGAAUUUAUAGAGCUGGGGAAAGAUGAGGUGGGGAGGGAGUGGAGUGUGAAAGGGGAGCGGGUGCUGGAGCUUGGUGCUGGAACCGGGUUGGCGGGGAUGGUGGCUGCGUUGAGUGGUGCGAGGGAGACGGUUAUUUCUGACUAUCCUGCUGAAGAGGUGUUGGGCAAUAUUAGGGCGAAUGUGGAGCGGAAUUUGAGGGCGAAGAACCAUAGUAGUUUGGGACAAGUAGAGGUUCAAGGCCAUGAAUGGGGUGUGUUGACGGAUGAGUUCUCGAGGGAGAAUAAGGGGGGUUUUGGCAGGGUUUUGGUCGCGGAUUGUUUGUGGAUGCCGUGGCAGCAUGGGAAUUUGUUGGGGAGUAUAAGUCAUUUCUUGGAGGAGGAGGGCGGGAGGGCGUGGGUUGUUGCGGGGUUUCAUACGGGGAGGGAGAAGAUGAGGGGGUUUUAUGGGGAGGAGCGGUUAAAGGAGGUGGGGUUGGAGGUUGAGGGUAUUUGGGAGAGGAAUGCGGAUGGGAGGGAGAGGGAGUGGGUUACUGAUAGGGGGAUUGAGGAUGUUACCGAGAGGAAGAGGUGGUUGGUUUGUGCGGUUUUGAGGAAGAGGAAGGGAUGA